AUGGAAAAGGCACUUGCACGCUACGGUGUCACUCCCCGUUUUUCUACCGCAUACCAACUGCAAACUAGUGGCCAAGUAGAGAAUGCAAACCGAGGGGUGAAGAGAAUUCUAGAAAAAACGGUAGGAAAAAGUAGAAAAGAUUGGGCGGAAAAGCUCGACGAUGCAUUAUGGGCAUUCCGCACCGCUUACAAAACACCUUUAGGAACCACGCCCUUCAUGAUUGUGUAUGGCAAAGCAUGCCAUCUUCUGGUAGAGUUAGAACAUAGAGCAUUGUGGGAAUUGAAAACCGUUACCUUACCGAAGCCGCAAGGAGGAGAUUCUUUCAAAUCUAUGAAUUAG